AUGUGUCACCUCACUCAGCUCUGGCAUGCUGGCUGCUCUCCAAACAGUUUUGAUCUGACGGGUCGCACUGGUUCAAAGCCAGGUAAUCCGCCGUCCAAACCCCAUAAGAAGACCAUAAAGCAGCGCUUCCUCAAACUUCUCCCCUGCUGUCGCUCUGGCUCCAGUUCUUCAGUUUCUCAAAAAAGUUCAAGUGAUGAUGCUGAGCUUUCGACGGUGUGUUACCGACCAGAGGGGCUCGACCGUCUCGUACAGCAGACCAACUUCAGCAAGAAAGAGCUGCAGGUCCUCUACCGGGGAUUCAAAAACGAGUGUCCCAGUGGUGUGGUGAAUGAAGAGACUUUUAAAAACAUCUACUCCCAGUUCUUUCCUCAGGGAGAUUCAAGUAUGUAUGCACAUUUCCUGUUUGAGGCUUUCGACACCCAGAACAACGGAUCGGUCAGCUUUGAGGACUUUGUUUUAAGUCUGUCCAUCAUCCUGAGAGGCUCCAUCACUGAUAAACUCAACUGGGCCUUCAAUCUGUACGAUCUCAACAAAGAUGGCUGCAUCACCAGAGAGGAAAUGACAGACAUCAUGCACUCCAUCUAUGACAUGAUGGGGAAGUAUACCUACCCCUGCAUGCGGGAUAACGCUCCCAAGGAGCAUGUUGACAACUUCUUUCAGAAAAUGGACAAGAACAACGAUGGAGUGGUCACCAUCGAGGAGUUCCUGGAGACAUGCCAAAAGGAUGAGAGCAUCAUGCAGUCCAUGCACAUGUUUGACAAUGUGAUCUAAGUCUUGACAUGAGAUUUUUCUUGCUGCCUGGAGCUCAUCUACAGUUCUUCAGCCGCUGAACAGAGUGGGCGGAGUUUCUGAGCCCUAAGUAGAGUGGUGCAGGGGCAAACGGCGACGACCUGAGGAUAUACACCCCAAACUACCUUUUCAUGUGAAAUGUCUUUUUAUUAAAUGUGUACAGAGAACAGAGAGGCAUCAAAGGUGGAUAUUGAUGUUUUUUAAGAUCUUGUAUUGUGAUUAAAUGAUGUGUUGAUUGAUUUGAACAAGAAACUCAAGAACAAUAAGAUCGAUGGCUCAAAUACAGUAGAUGACAAUUAUGGUCUUUUUGCUCAAAAUGAUGACUAUUAUCAUAUUUUCUCUAUUGCAUGAAUGAAUGUGCAGACACAUGGAACAAAUCGAACAGUGCUGAAAGUGUUGUAGAGUAUCACUCACUGUUUAUACUCACAGUUAUACUAUCAUAAAGGGCGGCCAUAAUAACAGGAUGGAAAUGAAGCAAUAAUCUUAAAGUAAAAUGUUAAUAAUUGUGUCAUCAGUGUUGUCAAGGGGUCACCUCUCACAUAUUCAUUGUAAAACUGUAUAUUGUGUACGCAUGAUGUGUCUGUUUUGACUGGCAAUGGAAAUGUUAAAUCAAAGUGUUGAUAUAUUUUAUAUAUGGGCGUGGUUGCUGAUGACGAGACUGAAUAAAAUACACAGU